UCCAGGAAAGAGGGGAAGUUGUCAAAAUAAACAAAAGGGCUUGUCAAUUUGUGGCGUAUUUUCUGGACGAUUUUCCCAGUUUUUCUCUGCAAAGAAAUGGAUAGAUUUUCCAAAUUAUGUCGUUUGUGUUUGUCUCCUGAGCAGGAGGUAUCUCUGUUCUCUGAUCUGGACUACAGUAACAGGAAGUUUUACGAAGUGGUCAUCUCCUUUGCGAAUGUUCAGUUCUCUGUUACAGAUGGUCUCCCACACAUGAUAUGCAAAAUGUGUGCAUCCCAUCUCACAAAUAUUGAUCUCUUCCGGCAGAAGUGCGAAAUGUCCCAGAGGAAGUUGCUCAUGGAGAGUCUAUCAAUGGCUAAAAAUACUCCUGCAACGGAGAGUCAGACCCUAGAUCCAUUGCUGUUGUCGGCAAAUCUGGGAGGAGAACUGAUGGAGGAUGAUCCACAGACAAAGCCACUGUACGAGGCCACAUAUUCCGAGUCCAGCAGUACAAAUACUUACCAAUUGGAGGCUGCGGAUGUGAAGAUCAAGGCGGAAGACAGUGGCACCAAGAGAUUGAAACAGAAAACCAAUCCCACAUUGAGAGUGCGCCCUAAGAGAUACAAAUGUAUGCAGUGCAACAAAUCUGUGGAGUCUCCCAGUAAACUUCUCCGGCAUAUGCGAACUCAUGAGAUUCAGACACAUAUAAUUGAUUCCCAUCGGCUCUACACCUGCAACUACUGUACCAUUCGCUUCCGAAAGGUCAAGGACAUGCGCACCCACAUCAAAGCUUGCUCCCAGGCUCAUGGACAGGAUUUCCAGAAGCUGCUAAAGGGCAAACCGCCAACCGGGCUACCGAAAUGUGAACUCUGCGACACAGAAUUCAACAGCGACGUCGAUUUGAACCACCAUCUGGACAAUUGUCAUACCGACCAUAGAUCUGAGAUACAACAGUAGUCAUCCGGCCAGCUGAAUAAGGCCAAUUUUAGUCAAUAAAUUCUGCUUUUCCGGCAA